AAAAUAAACCGGUGCAGCUCCAGAUAGUGCCUUGUGACAUUUAGAUUUGCUGGUUAAUUUUUAUCCAUCUCAUUAAUUGAAAAAUAUAUUUUCUUUCUCUUUUUCUCCUUUGUGACAGAGCACACAGAAAAUCUAUCUGGCAACAGUGAAGACACUGCUGGAUAUUCCUGUUAAAAGAGAAUUGUUUUUUGAGCCAUUUGGUUUCUUGCUUCCCUUUAGAAAUGGGAGCUGUCAGUGGAUUUGUAAAAUAUUCUAUGUUUAUCUUCAACUUUAUAUUCUGGGUAUGUGGCUGUGUGAUCCUGGGAGUAUCAAUAUAUGCACGUGUUAGCAAAUAUGGUCAAGAGCUCAUCAGCGAAAACGCGAAUGGAAUCAAUGUAUAUCCAGCUAUGAAUCUCUUGAUAGCUGUGGGUACCAUUAUCAUGAUCCUUGGUUUUCUGGGAUGCUGUGGUGCGAUGAAGGAAAGUCGUUGCAUGCUGCUCUUGUUUUUCAUUGGAUUACUUCUGAUCCUGCUUCUUCAGAUUGCUGCAGGUGUGGUAGGCUUUGUCUUCAGAUCCAAGGUUGAAAAAACACUUAAAAGUGUUUUUGAGAGUGAAGUGAAAAUUUUGAAUGAGUCUAAUCCUGAAUCCGAAAACUUUAGGAAGAAUUUGGACAAAAUGCAACAAAAGUUUAAAUGCUGUGGCUUGAUCCAUGGAGCUGCUGAUUGGGGAAAUAACUUUGACAAGUAUUCUGCGUCUUGUGAAUGUACAAAUGAAGGAAAAUCGAUUUGCGUACAGUAUAAGGGGAAAACUGUUUACAAAGAGUCAUGUGGUGAACGUAUAAUAAGUUAUUUAAAGAAACAUUUGGUAAUUAUUGGAGGAAUUGCAUUUGGAGUGGCAGUGGUUGAGAUCCUUGGCUUGGUGUUUUCUAUGGUCUUAUACCGCCAGAUUGGGGGCAAAUAAAACUACAGGAGUUAAGCUGUCAUCCAUCAAAUCUGCCUUUUAAAAAUUCGCUUUGCUUUUUUUUUUUAUCAUAUGUAUAACUUUGUCAAGAAGUAUCUGAUUUGCUAAAAUGUUACAUUUUGCUGAAAGCAUGGGUAAUUUCCUUGUUCAUCAAAUGUCUUUCAGAACUGAAUGACAUAGGAAUAUUG